AUGUUUUUGGGAUACGACUUGAGAAGAUUGACGGCAACGGCGGAAAGGAGGGCGCGACAGAGGAAAGAAAGCGGGCUUCGGCCUGAGAGAUCACGCCGCGUUUUCAAUCUGUUGUCGGAGGCCGACCCAGGUGAAGUUUCAAUAACAAUUGCCUUGCGCUUUGGCCAGAUCCCGAGGAUCCCGUUCAUGGUAGUCACUGGUAGUAUCGAAGAGUGCUGGUCGAAGCAUGGUUGUAUUUUGGGCUUGAUCCUCGCAGCCGAUCGGUCCGUGCUACGAGUCUUGCUUUCAUUCCAGUCUGCCGUACAUGACUAUGAUAAUAGUUGGUCAGUUCUGCAAUUCUGCUUUGAAUAUGGAGGUCGCAAGGCCCCAUUCUGCUUUAUGUACUCCACGACCGUGGGGACGGAGGCAAUUCGCAAAGUUUCAGCGUUGCUUUACGCUGGAACUCUAAUUGAGAAGCCAAUGCAUAGCAUGAUCCUAAUUCACAUGCUCGUGGGGUUUGAAGGAGCCACAUUGAUAUCACCGAGACAAGCCAAGUCGACCGUGCAGAAUCAGGUUGAAGAUUCGUCCACCGGCUUCCUUUUGGUAAAGCCAUCGGGUAUUGGACUAGCGUAA